UUAUUUCUUUUUUAUACAGCAAAGUGCCAAAGGCAAACCAAAUGUCUUUAUUAUAUUAGAAACGUACAACUGAAAUAUUGUAAGUAUCUAAAGCUCCCGAGAUAAGAAAAAGGGACAGUGUAAGCAAUUUAAAAGACAGAUGCAAUGUCUGUGACAAAUACAGUUGUACUGGUGCUUUGGAAGACUAGCACUGCCUAAGCCACACUGGGCAAGCAACAGCGAGCUGUUUAGCAGCACUAUUCCUAAUUAAGAUAAUAAGAACAUUAACAGAACAGCGCGGGGCUGCAUUUCCUGAGUAUGCAGACAGCGCCAUGAAAUGAGCAUUAAGUGAAGGAACUUUAUAAUGUACUGCCUCCUCCGGGCUACUCGUAACACAUAAUGUAGCGAAAAACCGACAGCAGUGCUAUCAGUCCAUUGUAACGAACGUGUUGGUGGGUCGUUGUCCCUCAGGCCGGCCCUUUGUUCCAGGAUCGCCGCUCCUCCACGGGACCCUCCUUUCUCUCCCGGGCGCUAUGUUGCCCUUUGCGGCACACGGCCGGGCGGGCAGCGGCACCGUGAGCCCAGGACGGGGCUGCCUUAAUUUACGUUUCUGUAGGGGCAGAAGCGAGCACGCGCGGCUCGCUUAUUUCCGCAGCAGCGCAAUGACACAGGGUCGCAGAGGUGCGAAGUGCACUCACGCGGAAGGAUACCGCCGCGUCAUCGCAGCGAUGCAGGACCAACAGCGGCCAUUUUGUGCGCGCAGAGCUAUGCCGGGCAGGGCGGCGGUCCGCCGUCAGUAACGGGGGGGGGGGAGAAGGAGGAGGAGCAGCAGCAGCAGCAGCGGCACCGCAGAACGCCGCCCGGCAGGCAGGCAGGGCCCAAACCACCCCUCCCUUCCUCUACGUCGGCGCGGCUCGCGCCCACCUCUCGCGAGACACUCCCCCUCCCCGCUGUGGAGGCGGAGCCACGGUGCCCCCAGACGCCGCUUUCCCGCCCCUCCCGUGUGCGGCCCUGGGGUGUGGCUGGAGUCAGGCGCGCUCCAUCCCCUCCUCCCCCCGGGUUUAGGCCCGGCCGCCAACGGCAGUGCUGUUGCUGCCCUCUUUGGUCUCCUAUCUGCUCCUCUUUGUCGGGCGACGCCCCGUGGCUGUCCUCUUCCUUCUGCUGCUCUUCCCGGCGGUGACGGGAAGCGGCGGGCGUAGCGCUCCCCCAGGCGCACGGCCCGCCGGCCGGAGGUCUCCGCUGGCCGCCACUCUCCGCUCGGGCGCCCCCCCCGGUAGCUUCCGCAGGAAGGAGCGGCGCGGCUGCCCCCUCCCCCUCCCCGCCUUCCUUCUCCUCCUCCUCCUCCUCCUCCUCCUCCUCGCGCCCUCCUCCCGGCCCCCCCGCAGCGCGAGCGGAGCGCGGAGUCACCGCGGCGCACAGACGGCCCCGGCGGCGGCGGCACUCGCACACAAUGGCGCUGAAACGCAUCAACAAGGAACUUAGUGACUUAGCUCGUGAUCCUCCAGCACAGUGUUCAGCAGGUCCUGUUGGAGAUGACAUGUUUCAUUGGCAAGCCACAAUUAUGGGACCUAAUGACAGUCCAUAUCAGGGUGGUGUAUUCUUCUUGACAAUUCACUUUCCUACAGACUACCCUUUCAAACCACCUAAGGUUGCAUUUACAACAAGAAUCUAUCAUCCAAAUAUUAACAGUAAUGGCAGCAUUUGUCUCGAUAUUCUAAGAUCACAAUGGUCUCCUGCUUUAACUAUUUCUAAAGUUCUCUUAUCCAUUUGUUCACUGUUAUGUGAUCCAAAUCCAGAUGACCCUCUAGUGCCAGAGAUUGCACGUAUCUAUAAAACAGACAGAGACAAGUACAAUAGGUUAGCAAGAGAGUGGACAGAGAAAUACGCUAUGCUGUAGGGUACAACAGAAUAUCUCGGGAAUGGACUCAGAAGUAUGCCAUGUGAUGCUACCUUAAAGUCAGAAUAACCUGCAUUAUAGCUGGAAUAAACUUUAAAUUACUGUUCCUUUUUUGAUUUUCUUAUCCGGCUGCUCCCCUAUCAGACCUCAUCUUUUUUAUUUUUUUGUUUACCUCCUUCCAUUCAUGCACAUGCUCAUCUGAGAAGACUUUAGUUCUUCCAGCUUUGGACAAUAACUGCUUUUAGAAUCUGUAAAGUAGUUACACAAGAACAAUUGCCCAAGAUUCAGAAUUUUUUUUUUUAAUGGAGCAUGUGUAUUAUGUGGCCAAUGUCUUCAUUCUAACUUGGUUAUGAGAUUAAAAAAAUACAUUCCUCAUUGCUCUAACAGAUACUGAAGAUACCACCUGAAAGGGGUGAGAGGAGAUGGAUGUUCAGUUUUCUCCCAUCAAAGAAGUAACAUUGCUGUAGCAACAUCCAUCUUGUUACAAACCUAGUGUUAGAGAACUGAGGUUUUAUUAUAUACAUUUGCUCAUAACUGAUAUGUCUGGAGAAUUGGUACUGAAUCUAUAGCAUCAGCAGAACAGAAAAUGUGAUGUAUCUUAUGCAUGUCAAUAAAGGAAUGACCAGUUCUUGUUUUACAGAGAAUGGAAAUUGGAAGUCAAACAUCCCUUGUAUUCCAAAAUAGGGUCUAAGAACAUUUUUGUAAUUCAUUUAAAUUUUGUUAGGAGGCUUGGAGCUAUUAGUUAAUCUGUCUUCCAAAACACUGUUUAAUAUAGCACUGAAUAAAUGAUGCAAGUUGUAAAUGGAUGAGUGAUCAACUAAUAGCUCUACUAGUAAUUGAUUUAUUUUCUUCAAUAAAGUUGCAUAAACCAAUGAGUUAGCUGCCUGGAUUAAUCAAUAUGGGAAACAAAAUCUUUUGUAAAAGCAAAGCUGGUUUUUGUAUAUACUGUUGGGAUUUGCCUCAUUGUUUAACAUCAAAUAAUGAUGUGAAGUUCAAUAGAGUGAAUCUUUUGCCAUUUUCAGUUAUAAUGCUCAGUCUUUUGCAGGUUGACACAUUGUUCGGCCUGAUGUAUGCAGAAUUAAUAAGCUAACAUAGUAGUGUAGCCUUAGUAGUGUGCUACACGUGGUGCUGGGAGCCCAGCGUUCAAGGAUGGACUUGGGACCCAGCAGAUCUGAAGUGGUGUAUUGUGGAGAUGCUUCCUGAUGCACCUGUGUUUGCUGACUGAGAACCUUUUUCUUCACCUUGUACGCUUGACAGCUGAAAGAUCUUAAUAUGGGAGUAAUCAUGAGGCAAAAAUAUAAAAUAAAGUACUGUUUUGAUGUGGGAAUUGUCAUGAGGCUGUGUUGAAGUGAAUUUACUAUGUGGGAUGUUCGUUACCAUUGGAAGGACUUGUUCAGCCAUGCUGCCAUUUACAUUAAUGACUAUUUUAAUGCAACAGACACUUUCCUCAUGUCAGGUGACUAAACGUGAAUAAAGACUCAUUGCUAUUGGAUUUUUGUUCUACAAGAA